AUGCCACUGCUGUCUCAUUGUUUAACAAUACGACAGUCUCCGAUGCUGAGUAGUGUAUAUACGUCGGCUAUGGAUAACUGCACUACACUGACAAUCAGCAAACGAAUGGGCCGUGAGAGUAAAAACUCAGGGAUCGUUAAGGGUAAAGGUAGUGGGAAGAAAACGUUAACUCUGAAAUGGGGUGGACGUCCGUAUAAGGACAAGAAUAAGGUGAUCAGUAUACCAGAAAACACAAUGAUGGUUAACGGUAUACUGGUAGCCAAGAAUACAAGCAGUGCUGCCACUAGUGGUAAUAUGAAUAUUAAAGAGCUUAUAGUGGUGAAUGAGGGAUCUCUUUUCAAGCCUAAGAAGAGGAGACAAGCAGUUAAGAAAAAUGAUGUAAAAUUGCAGGAAGAGCCGUUGCCUCUGGAACUUCCUGUUGUGUCUUCUCCGGACCUCGAAAUUGAUGAACAAGAGUUGAAUAAAGAUAUGUUAGAGAUUUCUUCUGCAAAUUCAACUGCAUUGGAUUUCUUUUCUAAGGAGUAUGAUCCAAGGCUUGAUAUACUUACUUCACCGUUUGACAUCUUUGGAAGUAACAGUUUAACUGAACUUUUCACGUUUUAUGUGCGUGAGACUUCCCAGCUGUUUAUAGUCUCUAAUGGUGGGACGAUAUUCAAUCCGUUUGGUACUACUCUCCCGCAAAUGGCUAUGGAAAACAAGACGGUGCUCAAAUUAUUGGCUGUGUUGGCAGGCCAACACAGGAAACAUCUAGGGUACAAUGACGAAAGUGACGAUUUUUUACCGAUUGAAGACUCAUUGGUAUCUAAAACGUAUCCGAACAGGUUGGUGCAACGGAUGUUCGAUGAAAGUCUAUUGGAACUCCAGCACAAACUGCUUGACACGACGGAAAGAUUCAGUACUGUUACCUUAGCAUGUAUUUUGAUUCUUGCCUCGAUUGACAUUUUCUUCGAUCAGAAACAGUGCAGAUGGAAGACGCAUCUGUAUGGAGCGAAGGGUAUCAUAUUGGAGAAGCUAAAGAGUAAAUCUACGGGCCCCAAGAGGAAGAAGAAGAUAUCUUACAGUUGUGAGGAGGAUAGAGAAAGCUUUUUGACCAGGUGGUUCAUGUAUUUGAACGUGAUCAGCUUGUUAUCUUCUCCCGAUCCAACUCCGCAAGCGGAGAUCUUCCAGCAGCUUGAUUUUGAUUUCUGUCCUUCCAGUGAAAAGAAUCUUUUGGCUCGAGAAGAACUACGCGACAUACAGUAUACCAGUGGAAUGGAGCCAGCUGUACUUUCGUAUCUCGCGAAAGUAUCUCAAAUGGUUUUCGACAAGGCAAAGAUCGAUUCGGCAUCGGAAAUGGAGACUCUUUUAUCCAACGCUAUAGAGCUAGAUUAUGUGAUCUCAAGCUAUCUGGUGAACUCUGAAAAAGAAAGAGAUGCUAUCAUUAGAAAACAACAACAUAAUAGUCCUUCUAAUGAUGUGAAAAAAAGGAUCCAGAUGUACCAGUUUUUACGCUCCACCAACCUGAUCUUCGGUCUGACCGGGUUACUAAUUCUAAGACGUCGGGUGAUGAACCUACCACAAGAUACCCGGCUAAUAAAAGAAUUGUUAAUUAGAAUUACCUCGUUGUUCAGCGAAAAAGUACCGUUAGAUUCUCCGGCACAGUCGUGCCUCUUACUUUGUAUCUUUUGUUGCGGUUGUGAACUAAUCGACGAUUCACUAGUCCAUCUAAGACCGAUAUAUUUAAAGCAUCUCCACAGCCUCUGUAAGAGCGGCAUAUCUGGUGCUGUCAUGGCGAAAAAAGUUAUGGAAGAGUGCUGGGCAACAAAGAAGACUUGGUGGGAAGUUCUAAAGACAAAGAAACAACACAUAUGCUUCGCCAUUUGA